CAUUCUUCGUAGGGGACGAUGACCCUUUUAUAGUCGCCAGUCUCCAUUCUUCAGUCUCCCCACACCCGCAAUACCCGCUCCGCCCUUCCCGAUUACAUCACGGCGCAUCGCAUCGGCAUCGUCUUUGCAUGUGCAACUGCUCUAGAAUCAUUAUAUAAACCAUCCCAAUGCACCCAGUCGUCACCCUACACCUAUUUAGUGAGUAGCUACAAACUCCCCACCAUACGACACAAUACAAUCUACCCACCAUGUCCCUCCGCCUCUCUAAAUCCCUCGCCGCCCGCUACCCCUGGGUAACGCCGCCCUUCAUCGUCAGCGCCCCCAUGCGCGUCAUGUCCGGGCCCGCGCUGGCCGUCAACGUCUCCCGCGCCGGCGGCCUGGGGUUCAUCGGCCCCGGUACCAAAACGCAAGACACAAUCACCGAUCUCCAAGAAGCGACCUCCCUCCUUUCGAAAUCGAAUUCCCCGGGCACGGGCACCUCCCUCCCCAACACGCCUCUCCCCGUCGGCGUUGGGUUCCAGCUCUGGAGCGACGACCUGGACACCGCCGCGCGAGCCAUCCAGCUCCACCAGCCCUGCGCCGCUUGGCUGUUCGCUCCGUGCAACAUGCAGGAGCUCUUCAAGUGGAUCAAGCGCAUCCGGGACGCAAGCCCAAACACCCAGAUCUGGGUGCAGAUCGGGACGGUGGGAGAGGCGCGCGAGAUCUUGCACCAACACAAACUUAACAGCACGAAUGAUACCUCACCAGACGUGCUCGUCAUCCAAGGCGCCGAAGCAGGCGGUCACGGCCGCGCCACUGACGGAAUGGGCUUAAUGACGCUUUUCCCUGAGAUCGCGGAUCUCGUAUCCUCCUCCUCGGCGAAACACAUCCCCCUCUUCGCAGCCGGCGGCAUCGCCGACGCGCGCGGCGCCUCUGCAGCGCUCUGUCUCGGCGCGUCCGGCAUCGUGCUGGGAACACGAUUCCUCGCCUCGACUGAAGCGCGCAUCAGCAAAGGCUACCAGAACGAGAUCGUCCGAGCCAGCGACGCGGCGGUAUCCACGACGCGGACGCUCCUGUAUAACCAUCUUCGUGGGACUAUGGGGUGGCCGAAGGAGUAUAGUCCGCGCGGGGUGGUGAAUCGGUCGUAUGUGGAGCAUUGCGAGGGGAGGGCGUUUGAGGAGUUGAAGAAGGAGCAUGAUAAGGCGUUGAAGAUGGGGGAUCUGGGGUGGGGACCGGAGGGACGAUUGGCGACGUAUGCGGGCGCUGGGAUUGGGCUGAUCAAUGGGGUGAAGGACGCGGGGAGCAUUGUGGAGGAGGUGAGGAGAGGAGUGCUGGGGAGGGUUAAGGGAGAGGAAAUAAGGAGUGUGCUGUAGAUGUGUAUGUUAGUUGAGUAUUGUGGGAGUGGGAGGUAAAAGUUGACUUUUGUUGAUUCCAUUGUUCAGCUUUUACUAUAGACUAGAGGUGUGGUAUUUGUAUUAUGUGGUCAAAUGUGUAUCGAUGCUAAAUAAAUGAGCAAUUGUAGUAUACAAUUAACAGCGUGCCCAUGUAGCAACUCUUGUUUGAUCGAGAUCAAACUGGAGACAGCUUCAGAACUCAUGGUAUGAAACUAGAUCAUUAUGCUUGGGAUGCUCC